GCGCAACAUUGACGAAAAUUUCCCACUCACACGCAAUCUGUAGAUAAACACAUGAUAAGGUGUCUCAUAUUUUUCACCUGCGCCAGUCUACAAUUAAAGGUACGAAUAUGUUCGUCUACUCCUGCGUAGCACUUCUCGCCUUAGUGCAAUUAGGAUCAAGCCUGAGGUGCUAUGACUGCAGUGGAAACUCGACGACAGACCCUUGCGCCACGCCGUCAAAGCACAAGCAAUUCAAUGUAGAAUGUGCCCCAGAAAAAACUGCAUGCAUUUUUGAAAACAUUACCAUUAGUACUGAACCGCCCAAGUUCAUCCGGUCAUGCGGUACUGCAAAAUCCUGUGUCGACAUGCCGAAAGAGAGUAAUGUCACUUGUAUAACGUGCCAAACCGACCUUUGUAAUUCAGCUAGUAUUUUAUUCCCAUCUUUAGUAAGUGGAUCUAUCCUUAUCUUCGUAGUAAAGAGCUUGUUUAAUUUUUGAACUUUUCUGUAUUAAGUAUAUUAAGAUAGGUUAUCACUACUAUAGUAAUGUGCAAUUUCACGAUUUAUUGAAACUGGGUAUGCUUAGUCAUCUGUAAGAUACACCGUGCUAUGUGUUUUUGAUUUUUGUAACUUGAAUAAAGAAUAGUAUAAGGUUUUUAUAUUAA